AUGUCAACAUCAUUCCAGUGCUGUCGGCGUCUAAAGUACAGUGCCGAUUUGAGUUUUACGGCGGCGCCGACGAAAGAGUGCAAGUAUGUAAAAUUUUUAGAUUUCCAUAUACCAGCAGAACACAAAAACUCAACGGAAUGUAAGCCGAAUGAUGCGUUGCAGCUGUUAAAUGAAGUACGAGGGAAAUAUGAGCCUGUUGAAACAUAUUGCGGAGCAUUUCUACCAAAGCCAAUUAUGUCGAAUGGGCCGAAGAUGUUAUUACAAUUUGUUGGGCGCUAUCCUCCGACUGGUUCAAAAAUCAAUUACUAUGGUUUUAAAGCGGAAUACAAAUUUUUGAGAAGUCAACAAAUUGAUGACAAUUGUACCUUUACAUAUAACAGCACAGUUCGGAAAUCAGGCUGGUUCGGUUCGCCGAAUUUCCCCGGUUUCUAUCCACAAAAUCUCAUUUGCCAUUACUACUUCUAUGGCGAGCCUGAUGAGAGGGUCAUUAUACGGUUUACUUUCUUUGAUGUUGAGGGUAUUGGCACCUGUGAGCAUUUGACAGCCAGUGACUAUGUGGAGUUCUCAAACUUUAUGAGCACAGACCGCAAGUAUGGUAAACACUGUGGUAAGCGAGAUAAAUUUGAGGUACGCUCUGAUGGACGCUUUUUCCGCAUCUCAUUCUAUUCAAAUGAUCGGUUCGAUAAAACUGGCUUUCGCGCUCUAUACGACUUUGAAGGAAAAAAUUUGCGUGUAGAAAACACUUCCAUGCAAAGUUAUGUAUCCACUGCCAACAUUGUUUUCAAAUCUCUGCACAGCCUUCAAAUAACACUUACUAUAAUAUUAAUGUUUCAAAUUAUGUACGAUCGCAAUAUGUAA